CCCCCGGCGCCUGCCACGACGGCAGCAGCAUGGCGGGCGCCGAGCUGCGGGCGGAGCUGGAGCAGCGGCUGGGCGCCCUGGCCAUCCGCACGGAGGUCGUGGAACACCCCGAGGUGUUUACAGUUGAAGAAAUGAUGCCGCACGUCCAACAUUUGAAAGGAGCACAUAGUAAGAACUUAUUCCUCAAAGACAAAAAGAAAAAAGGCUAUUGGCUGGUGACAGUUCUUCAUGAUCGACAAAUUAAUUUGAAUGAUCUGGCCAAACAGUUGGGUGUUGGGAGUGGAAACCUGAGGUUUGCUGAUGAAACAGCCAUGAUAGAAAAACUGAAAGUUAGCCAAGGCUGUGCCACACCCUUGGCACUCUUCUGUGAUGACGGAGAUGUGACAUUUGUUCUGGAUUCUGCAUUUCUGGAAGGUGGCCAUGAAAAGGUGUACUUUCAUCCAAUGACCAACGCUGCCACCAUGGGAUUGAGCCCUGAAGACUUUCUCAUGUUUGUGAAGAAGACAGGACAUGAUCCCAUAAUACUAAAUUUUGGCAAAAACUAGCUGAGCUGAUGUUUAAAAUAGAUUUCUGAAUGUGGUUUUUCCUAUUCGUAAUUUACAUAAAGCAAUAAAAGUGAUGAGGUUAUUUCGCACCCUUGGUUGGGUGACGCCCUAAAUCUUUUCAGGAGGAGUAUUUUGUCUUCAGGGAGCUGUUCUCAGAAGGAUGUAUUGAGGCAGUUUUAGUUCACACAACCCUUCCCCCUCCCUUCCCUCUUCUUCCUACGAGAGGGAUUCCUUCAGCAGUGAAGUCCACUUCUAACGUUAAUGUUCUGCGUCUUCUAGGAUGUUUCCUACAAGAGGGAUUCCUUCAGCAGUGAAGUCCACUUCUAACGUUAAUGUUCUGCGUCUUCUAGGAUGUUUCCUACAAGAGGGAUUCCUUCAGCAGUGAAGUCCACUUCUAACGUUAAUGUUCUGCGUCUUCUAGGAUGUUUCCUACAAGAGGGAUUCCUUCAGCAGUGAAGUCCACUUCUAACGUUAAUGUUCUGCGUCUUCUAGGAUGUUUCCUACAAGAGGGAUUCCUUCAGCAGUGAAGUCCACUUCUAACGUUAAUGUUCUGCGUCUUCUAGGAUGUUUCCUACAAGAGGAAUUCCUUCAGCAGUGAAGUCCACUUCUAACGUUAAUGUUCUGCGUCUUCUAGGAUGUUUCCUACAAGAGGAAUUCCUUCAGCAGUGAAGUCCACUUCUAACGUUAAUGUUCUGCGUCUUCUAGGAUGUUUCCUACAAGAGGGAUUCCUUCAGCAGUGAAGUCCACUUCUAACAUUAAUGUUCUGCGUCUUCUAGGAUGUUUCCUACAAGAGGAAUUCCUUCAGCAGUGAAGUCCACUUCUAAUGUUAAUGUUCUGCAUCUUCUAGGAUGUUUUCUGUACUUAAAAAAAAAUUGCAAAACUUGAUGUGUAAAUUUACACACAUGGUAGCAUACUUAUAUAGAGGAGAAACCAAAAGGAAUAUAUUCAAUUGUUAAUAGUGGUGAUGGGGAUUACAGAGGAUUUUAUUUUGAUAAAAAAUUUUUUAAAGAAAUAUUAGCGCCGUAGAAGGGCUGUAAUAAGAACUCCUCAGCAAUCUAAUUAAAAAAAAAAAAAAAAAGACAAGGGCAAAAGCUUUCCAUUAUUGGGUGUUUGUUUUUAAGCUGCUGACUUUUCUCAGAGAAAAAAAAGUUGAUUGGCUUCCUAUUAGACAAUGUAUCUUUAGAAAUUUUUAAUUCAGAAAAAAUACCCAAAAACUAGGGAUGAAAAAUGUGACACUGUAAUAACACUAUUAAAAUUACACUUUAAAACUCAGCAGCAGAAUAUAUACUACAUGAAAAAUGAUCAGUCUCAGUUCAGAGGUUAGAAAUGGGAACACACUAUACAACUUUCUUCUCUAUGUUCAAUUUUUACUUAUUGUCCCUUCCAAUAUGGCAACAGUAUAAAAACCCAGGAAAAUGUGGGGUUAGCUGCCAUACAAUAGCUACUUCAAAAACAGAAGCAGGAACUUUGACAUUUCUUUCUCAUUUAGACUCAAACAGAAUCCUUCCUUCAUUAAAGGAUCUGACCUAACCGAGGCUACUGAACUUUAUGUGGCUAUAAAAAUUCUCACGUCUUCUAGGACAAUCAAAUGGGAUAUUCUUUUUUUGUUGUUGUUGGAAUAUAUAUUUUUAAUUGUGCUUUAUGUGAGUUUACAAUUAAUCAGUUUCUCAUACACAAACUUAUACACACAUUGUUAUGUGUAACCCUAGUUGCCCUCCCUAUAAUGUGACAGCACACUCCUCCUCACCACCCUGUAUUUCCCAUGUCCAUUCAACCAUGUCCUGUCCUCCUCCGCCUUCUCAUCUUGCCUCUGGACAGAAGCUGCCCACAUAGUCUCAUGUGUCUACUUGAAGUAAGCAGCACACUCCUCACCAGUAAUCAUCUUAUGUCAUAGUUCAGUCUAAUCUUUGAAGAGUUGGCUUUGGGAAUGGUUUUAGUUUUGGGCUAACAGAGUCUGGAGGCCAUGUCCUCUGGGGUCCCUCGAGUCUCAGUCAGACCAUUUAAGGCUGGUCGUUUUACUAGAAUUUGAGUUUUGCAUCAUCCCACUUUUUCUGCUCCAUCAGGGAUUCUCUGUUAUGUUCCCUCUCAGGGCAGUCAUUGGUGGUAGGUAGCUGGGCACCAUUUAGUUCUUCCGGUCUUAUGCUGAUGGAGUCUGGUUUAAGUGGCCCUUUCUGUUUCUUAGAAACCCCGGUGGCGUAGUGGUUAAGUGCCAUGGCUGCUAAUCAAAAGGUCAGCAGUUCGAAUUCACUAGGUACUCCUUGGAAACAACACGGGGCAAUUCUACUCUGUUCUAUAGGGUCGCUAUGAGUUGGAAUUGACAGCAAUGGGUCUGGUUUUGCCUCUUUGGUGUUCCUCAUUCUCCUUUGCUCCAGGUGGGCUGAGACCAAUUGAAGCAUCUUAAGAUGCCUGCUUGCUAGCUUUUAAGACCCCAGAUGCCACUCACCAAAGUAGGAUGCAGAACCUUUUCUUAAUACACUGUUAUGCCAGUUUACCUCGAUGUCCCCUGAAACCACGGUUCCCAGAUCCCUGCCCCUGCUACUCUGUCCUUCAAAGUGUUUUAAAUGAUUACUAACCACUUGUUAUAAAAAUUCACUGUUUUAUUUUUAUAUCAGUUUGAUACCUGGAAUGUUAAACCAAAUUUUUUUUUUUUAGGAGAAACAAAGUUAAGAAUUAAAAUGAAAAAUGUCUUUAAAAAGAUAUCCAGCAAACAGAUGGUGUGACUUUUGUUACGAGUUGGUUUCUGUGGCAGAUAUUAGGUAUCAUCAAGUAAUAAACAUUUUACCAUUCAACUCCAAAUCUCUUAUUAGCAUUAGUUUUUAAAAGAAAUGUUACAGUUUUUAUAUUAUUUGAUUUGGUAUUUAAUAACAGGUAUAAGUAAAAUGACAAACAUUGAAAAAGGAUUCUUCGUAGACAAUGAAAAGACAAUUUAAAAUCCGAUUUUGUCAAAGGGUGUUUUAAGUGCAACUUUGUCCAAAAGCGUUCCUUUUAAGGCAUUUUUGUUGCUGUCCAAAUAUCUCAACACAUACAUCAAGGUUUUUUUUUAUUAUAAAUGGGCUCCUUUUGUAUUACUCGUUCAAGGCUUUAAAAAUACAUCUCGGGACUAAGCUGAAAAGAAAAGUACAAACAAAAAUCCACCACUUUUCUCAAAAGUAACUUAAAAUACACAUUAUUUAGCAUACAUGAUUACUCUCCAUUGUCAUUCCAGAUUUGGUACAGUAUCUUUUUCACUUCCUGACAAACUGUUCAGACGGCGCAGGCUGUAACAACUGCAGACGUGAGGCGACUACAAUGCUGGAUGCACAGUGAUUUUCAGUAGGCUCUUACCAUGCCUUGGCAUGAAAGGUGCUACACACAAACCUGUUUCAUUAGUUCUUUGGUAACCACUAAUUCAAAAACUUGGACUAAACAUUUCCACAUGGCCAAAUGUGGAGCACAUUACUGGAGCUUUGGGGCGAGGCUAUUACCCUGUGUACUGCAAUUCUUCAGUUUCCUUGGGGCUUGAGUUGUCAAUUUAGAACACAGGCAAGUAAUAAAAAGCAUGCCGCCCCAGAGAGUUUCUGGUUGGUUUUACCAUUUUGUUGUUUGUUUGGCCAAGGAAGUUUAAGAGAAAAGAGUGGCUUCCUACAAAGUCUGCUUCUGAUGGAGAAAAUAAAAUAUUCAUGUGGUCAUUAUUUAGUCUUUUCUUGAAAUGGUAUGAAAAAGGUGAUGAAUAUAAUCGACAAUAUUCAUAUUUUUGCAGUCUCAAUGUAUUCCCUUCAUUGACUCUUUUAACUGCCUUUUCUCAGUGUCACCCUAUUCAGGUUAUUUUAUGGGCUGCCCUUAAGUAUUUUCUACUUGAGGCUAAAAGGUGCUUCUUAAGUCAGCAGUUCCCUACUUUAGGUUAUGAGUGUUCUGGAGAGGUCAAGUUGGGAUACCCUUCACCUUCACUGAGCUACCUUCUACUCAUUAAAUUCCAACUUUCAGUAACUGUCCUGGGAUGUGCCCUAGUUGUGCAAAUUAGAUGCUAGUUAAUAUAAAUCUAAGUUACCUACUUACUGUAUUUAGGUAAAACAAUCUCUACAUUUCAAUUUAUCCACCUAAAAACGAAUUUACAUUUUUUACAAGCAAGCGUCUCUAGACUAGCAUGAUGCCCGUUAUCAGCUUGAUACUUGAAUCCAGGGAGUCCUGAUGGAGAGAGGUGUGUCAGGGCCUAGAGGACAGGUUCUAAGUAUGUCUUCCAUGCAGUAUUUGUAUUUCAGUAAAAACUCUCUGUAUUUACAUUUACAUAGCACCUUUCAUCCAAGAGUUUCAAAGUGAUUGAACUUUGCAGCAUUAUUUGGUGGCAAAACCUAAGUUAACGGUGGCAUUAAGUUAAAUAAGUCCAAGUCUGUAACUCCCGUUUCAAUUUCUGGUCAACUAAACUUGCUGUUUCUCUCUCUCUCUAAUGGAAGGUUUUUUCCAAAAGUAGACUAUGAACACUGCUACUGGCCUAUGGGGUGGAGGGGAGACACAGACACACACACUUUUCUCACAGCUACUGGAUUAAUACUGAAACGCACCGUUCAUAAACCACACACUAUGGAAUUAUUCCAAAAAGAGCUUCAGAGCUGGUAGUGAGAGCCUAAGAAGUGCACUGUUAAAAUAAAAAGUCAGUCUCUUCGUCAUUUCAGACAUUUAAGAUUAUUCUAAUAUUUAUGUGAAAUAAUGAAUUUGCAUUAAUAAGUAUCAAUGCAUUUUUUGACUUCAUAAGAAAAUAAAAGUGAUAUAUAAAAUUGGAACUACUAAAAAAUUCAUGUUUCUCUGGGUUAACUAAAUCUACUUUUUUGUGCUUCUUCCAAAUGUUUACGGUAACAAAUACAUACAAAUAUUUCAAAAGUACCAAUCCCAGUUAUCAACUUUAAUGUGGUAUUAUAAAGGACAAAACCAAAAGUUUUUAUUAAUAAAUGACAACCUUAGUAAUAAAUGAGUUUGUCAAAAUGUGGAUCAUAGUAAAGUAUUUACACUGUUUCUUGCUAUAAGAAAACUUCUUAAGCAAUAGUCAGCUCUCAAAAAAAAAAAAGAAACAUACAUACAUAAUCCAAUACCAAAGAAGGGAAA